CCCCCCCCCCCAACCGACCCUGCGAUGGCCUCCCGGCGGCCGGACAGCUUCGACGGGCUCGGGUACCGCGGCCGCGACGACCCGCUGUACGGAGCCUCCUACCCGGUCAGGAGCGCUGGAGGCCCCGCGGAGCUGCAGCACCACCACUGGGUCACCAGCCCGCCGGACAUCCCGGGCAGCCGAAACCUGCACCACACGGACCGGACCCCGCAGCUGGAGGAGCCGCUGGGGAUCCCCGGAGGUCCUUCGGCCGCCUGGGAGGCUCCGCAGCCCGGGGGACCGCCCGCUGGUAGGUGGGAGGGGAGGGACGGAGAUGGGAGACGGGAGACAGGAGAGCUGCAGUGCACCCUGGGAACUUCCCAGCAGCACCUUGUUCAGGUAGGUGCUGGGAUGCAUCAUGGCCGACACGGAGAAGGAGGCGGAGUCAAACUGCAGCCGCAGUCUCUCUGUCUCUCUGUCUGUCUGUCUGUCUGUCUCUCUGUCUGUCUGUCUGUCUGUCUGUCUCUCUGUCUGUCUGUCUGUCUCUCUGUCUGUCUGUCUGUCUCUCUGUCUGUCUGUCUGUCUGUCUGUCUCUCUGUCUCUCUGUCUGUCUGCAGGUUAACAGCUGUAGUAGCUCUCCCUUUCUACUGUGCCAGCCUCAUUGAGACCGUCCAGAGUGACAUCGUGCGUGACGAGGCGUCCUCGGGGCUGCUGGACUGCGUGCGUGAGGGUCUGACCCGGGUCCUGGGGGUGGGCGCCCCCCACAGCCGCCGGCUGCUGCCCCUCGCCGCCCUGCUGGUCCCGGCGGCGCUGCACGCCGUCCUGCGCUACGCCAUCGCAUCCUGCGUGCAGCGGGCGGCGCUGUGGCUGCACCAGCGCCGCCGCCCCCCCCCACCCGGCCCCCCCGACCCGCUGGACGCCUACUUCCCCGAGCUGGCGGCGGCGUGGGCGGGCGCGCUGGUGGCGGACGUGGUGCUGUUCCCCCUGGAGACGGCGCUGCACCGCCUCGCCCUGCAGGGCACGCGCACCAUCAUCGACGCCACGGACGGGGCGGCGGGCGCGGCGGGCCGCCCGCUGGUGCUGCCCGUCAACACGCAGUACGACGGCCUGUCCGACUGCCUGCACGCCAUCCGGCGCCGGGAGGGCGCCGCCGGCUUCUACCGCGGCUUCGGGGCGCUGGCGGCGCAGUACGCGCUGCACGGAGCGCUGCUCGCCGCCGCCAGGACGCUGCUCCGCCCGCUGCUGCUGGACGCACGCGCCCGCUAGGGGGGGGGGGGGGCAACCUGAUGUCAUCAUAUUCUCAAUUGUCAACAAUCAAUUAUUUUUGUCACCACGGCAACAACACAUCAAUAACAAAGAGAACAGUUGUUAUGACAAAUAAAAGCACUUCCUGUCUUGUUAGAAAAUCUUAUUUAUUUCAGGAAUACACAUGUAAAUAUGGAGGGGCGGGGCUUAUUAUGUAUUAUACAGAGGGGCGGGGCUUAUUCUGCAUCCAGACACCAGGGGGGGAUCCAGAUGUUGAUCCAGAUGUUCUGGCUUCACUUAGACGAUCUGCAGGAACCGCUGAGUCAUGACUCUGUUCAGCGUAGCUUAGCAUAAAGACUGGAUGCAGGGGAACUGUUAGCGUAGCUUAGCACAAAGACUGGACGCAGGGGGGAACUGUUAGCGUAGCUUAGCAUACAGACUGGACGCAGGGGGGAACUGUUAGCGUAGCUUAGCAUAAAGA